GAAAAAAACUUAUGCGAUGUCAAUGGCGAGUUAGAUACCUGUAGCCUGUGACGCUUAUGGGGUUGAAUAUCGCUAGGCGAGUGGUGUCCAAGUGGAAUUGCACAAGAUUUAGGAAGUCAAUUAAAAUGUCCCAUAAAUAAUUAAGUGACGAUACAUUUCUAGUAGAGAAAUUUAGUUUAAAUAUUUUAUUGUUGAUUUAUGUGGCAAUUUUAGUUUUAAGGGUGAGAAUUUGAGCGGAGAGGAAAUGGAAUCGUCCGCUUGUGAAGAUUUGAAAGCAUUUGAAAGAAGAUUAACCGAAGUUGUUGCUUCGUAUCGACCUGCGACCAUUCGAUGGCGAAUCGUUCUUAUAACAAUAUCAAUACUAACAGCAAUUGGAGCAUGGUUCUGGCUACGCGAUCCGAAAACAUCAAUUGUACCUUUGAGCGAGUCAUUGUGCAACCACCCAGUAUUCUUUUGUGCAACUCUAACUCUCAUUUUCAUUCCAGUUGCACUCUUCAUGUUUGGCAUUCACAAAUUGGUCAUUGCACCCCAAAUAAUCACAUCACGAAUGCGCCUUGUGCUUGCUGAUUUUAAUAUGAGCUGCGAUGACACGGGAAAAUUAAUUCUAAAGCCACGGCCCAAUAACAAUUGAAUGGAAAGAAGGAUGAAAAAAAUCGUGUAAAUUGUCGGGAAACAGAAACUACUAUGAUACGUACUAAAUUAAAAAAGGACGAGAAUCAGAAAGCGAAACAACAUUAUUUCUACAGCUGCUAACACACAAAUGUGGAGAACGUACACCAAUCUCUGAUCGUGACAAAAAUCGUAUCUGCAAAUAGUAUUGUACAUACUACACUUCAAAGUUAGAAAA